AUGCGCUUUUCGGUGCUCCUCUUCAUGCUUUGCCCGGUAGUCUUCAGCAAUACCUUAGAGAUCAUGGACGUGGGUGGCCUAUGCUAUUUCUACUCGAACAGCACGCGGGGCUGCACAGGAUCAUCGGAGGCUAUUGCAAUGUUAAAUGGCACUUCUUGCUCCAAUCUCAGCACGAUAGGUCAUAACAAGCGCACUGAGACAAACGCAGUUAAUGUGACCGUCUGCGGUCCUCACCGACAAGCUGGCCAGGAGCUUGCUUGGAUCACGGCUGACAAGAGUGGUCUUGUUAAAUUUCAAAACAUCGGAGGAGACACAGCAAGCUGCAAAAUUGGCAAAGAGUUCAAUGUGGGGACUUUCUGCUCUGCCCUCAAUGUUAGUUCGAUUGAAACAGCUACAAAAAUGCCUGCAUCGAUAUCAUUUACCAAUGUCGUAGAGACCAGGACUGUCGCCUCCUCUACCGCGGACUCGAUGCCUUCCAAGCCCGUCUCGACGGACUGCUAA